UUUUCUCCCUCGCCGUUGCGCGAUAUAUAUAUCAACCGAGGCUUCGCCCGGCAACUGUUUCUUUCCUUUUCGUCAGCUCUUCUCCUCUUCCUCUCUCGUUCGCCAUCUCCGCGCGCUGAGGUCGUCGAGCAAUCGAGUCUUCGAUUUAGGGCGAGGGAUUGCUGCUGGUCUCGCGUACUGCUCGAAUCGCCAUGGCAGCUUCUGCUUCCUCUCAUUCUUCUCCUCCUCAAUCAAUGGAGGAGCAGCUGCGGGACGAGCAACAGCUGCAUCAGCAGCAGCAGCAGCAGCAACACCAGACGUUUCCGAAGGAGAAGGAGUGCAUUCACAAGACGAAGCUGAUUCAGUUCCUCGGCCGCACCACUCCAAUCGUUCUCCAGAACGACAAUGGCCCCUGUCCUCUGCUCGCCAUCUGUAAUAUACUUCUGCUUCGGAACAACUUGAAUUUGAGUCCGGAAACAACCGAAGUUUCUCAGGAGAAGUUGCUUUCACUGGUUGCUGAGAGACUAAUCGAUUCAAACAGUAAUGUCAAUAAUAAAGAUGCUGGGUACAUUGAAAAUCAACAGCAGAACAUCGCCGAUGCAAUUGAUCUGCUGCCGAGACUUGCAACUGGCAUUGAUGUAAAUAUAAAGUUCAGGAGGAUAGACGACUUUGAAUUCACUCCAGAAUGUGCAAUUUUUGAUCUGCUGGAUAUUCCCCUAUAUCAUGGUUGGAUAGUUGAUCCCCAGGAUAAAGAUACCGCUGAGGCAAUUGCAAACAAGUCAUAUAAUGCUCUCACGGGGGAGCUUGUUGCCUUGGAAACGCAAGUCUUUGGCAAAGAGCAUAAGAGUCCUGCUGAAGAAGACUGCAUAGAUUUCGCUGCUGCAACAACUGCAGCCCUAGGAGUGCCUUCGCCUUGCCUUUCGAAGGUUAGAUCAUUUGAUGAUCCUUCACAUCCAGUUGCUGAUUAUCAUGUGGCGAGGAAAGGGGACCUUGAGGAAGAAGCGGAGCUGUUGAAGGCCUUAAAAUUGUCAGAGGCUGAUGUGCCAGAUUCUGUAGGACCAUCUCCUGUUGUUGGUAAUGAUGAAGAUGAUGUGUCUGAUAGUUUGGUCAAUAAUAAAUACACGGGGAGCGGUGCACAUGCAAACAUAAUAUCAGAGGAUCGAAGUUGCAUCGAAGCCAGCUCUCAUAAGGUGGAGGUAUCAGAACAAAGUGUCUAUAAAACCUUGGCAGACCAAAAUGGUGUAGUAUCUUCUAGAGACACUGUGGAGGAAGCAGUGGCUUCAUCUACAAGUGUAGGUGCUGGAGAUCAUCGUGAUCAUUCUAAGCAAGAGAAAUCCAAGGAAGCUCUUCUUGGCGGUGAUGAACUUAGUACCAAAAAUGUUGAAUCUUUGACUGAAGUUGGAGAUGCAUCUGCCGUUGCCAAACAGCAUGACUCAACAGAUGAAAUCAAGAACGAUCCCUUAAAAGAAACUGAGGAAGUUGGGAACUUACAAGCAUCACCAGCUUUUAUUGUUGAAGCGGCAGAAAAUCAAGGUGGAGGUAGCACUAUAUUGUCAAGCAUGUCUGCAUCCCAUACAGGUUCAGAUUCUUCUAGUGGUAGGUUGCAGCACCUAGAUGAAAGUGAUGCUUUUACACCAAGUAUUGAUGACGGUGAACCCUUAUAUGAAGGAGAAGAAAGCAUAUUGGAUUCUCGACCGACACACUUUGAAGAUCGAGAGGAGCCUGUGUAUGAAGGUGAGGUCAUUCUUGCCAGGCAAUCUGACAAAAGCCCAGCUGAUGAUUGUGGAGUCGGGUCUACGAUUGAUAUCACUCCACAGCAAGGGGAAUUGAUUCGGAAUUUCUUGAAGAACAAUGCUAGUCAAUUGACCUUCUAUGGCCUUUUUUGCCUCCAAGAUGGUCUGAAAGAACGCGAGCUUUGUGUGUUCUUUCGGAACAACCACUUUAGUACCAUGUUUAAGUACGAGGGUGAACUAUAUCUUCUAGCCACGGACCAGGGCUACAUAAACCAGCCAGACUUGGUUUGGGAAAAACUAAAUGAGGUCAAUGGAGAUACCCUGUUCAUGACUGGUAACUUCAAGGAAUUUAAUGUGGAAAAUCAGUCUAAUGGUGUGUGGGAUGAGCAUAAUGCGGUGGCAAACACCGCGGAUUAUCUUGCGAGCAUUGACAGUGCUACACAAGCUGGAUUGAAUGUCAAUUCGGAUCUGCAACUGGCAAUAGCCCUACAACAACAAGAGUUUGAGCAGCAACAACAACAGCAGCGUCAUGGCUCGCAACAAGCAUCGACUGGUAGCUCAAGGCUUGUUACCGGCCCCCCGGUGCCGAGGAACAAUGCUAGAUAUGCCUCAUCUACCAGUCGGCCCGAUGCCAAAUCGAAGGACAAAUGUAUUAUUAUGUGAAUCGUCUAGCUCUCAGCUGUCUGCUUGUUUGUAGGCAAGGAGGUUGAUCGUCUUGUAAAUGCUGGGCCCUCUGAUCCAAUUGUGUAUGCUUACAUUAUUGGACCUUUGCUUAGUGUAUAUGAAAGUUUCAACAUCGGAUCUCCUUUUUUAUCCC